AUGACUACAUCAUGUUUUGCUAUUACGGGUGGUUGUGGCUAUAUAGGUUUACGUCUUGCUGAUUAUUUACUUGAAAUUAACGAUUUAAAUACUAUAAUUUUACUUGAUAUUCAUCCUCCAUCUAAUUAUAAACAAUCAAAUCGUUUAAUUUAUCGUUAUUGUGAUAUACGUUCUUAUAAAUCUGUUUAUGAUGCAUUAACUAAUGUAACAUGUAUAUUUCAUUUAGCUAGUUAUGGUAUGUCAGGUAGAGAAAUGUUAAAUUAUAAAAUGAUCUAUGAUGUUAAUGUAAUUGGUACUGAAAAUAUAAUUAAAACAUGUAUUGAACAUAAUAUUAAUAAAUUAAUUUAUUGUUCAACAUAUAAUGCUGUAUAUACAGGAAAAAAAGAAUUAUUAAAUGUAACUGAAAAUGAUUGUUUAUAUCCAAUAGAAAAUGAAUAUUGUGAUAAUUAUAGUCGUACAAAAUCAUUAGCUGAACAAAUGAUAAUAAAAGCUUGUACAUCAAAAUUUCAUACUGUAUGUAUACGACCAGCAGCUAUUUAUGGUGAUGGUGAACAACGUCAUUUUCCACGUAUACUUAAUUUAGUACGUCAAGGUAUAGUAUUUUUUGCAAUUGGUCAUAAGAAUAUUCUAGCUGAUUGGAUAUAUGCUGAUAAUUUAGUAUAUGCAUUAUAUUUAGCUGAAAAAUCUUUACCUAAAUAUUCAGGUGAAGUUUAUUUUAUAUCUGAUGAUCAACCAAUAAAUAAUUUUCAAUUUUUAUCACAAUUAACAAAAGGUUUAGGUUAUAAUAAUUGUUUUAAUUUUUAUAUACCAACAUUAAUUAUGUUUUAUAUUGCUUAUAUUAUUGAAAUUAUACAUUAUAUAAGUGCUAAAUAUAUUUAUAAUUUUGAUCCAUUUCUUACACGUGCUGAAGUAUUAAAAGUUGGUGUUACACAUUAUGCAAAUAUAACAAAAGCAAAAAAUCUAUUAGGUUAUCAUGUUAAAGUUAAUCCAGAUGAAGCUAUGAAAAAAUCUAUUCAAUGGUUUAAUGAACAUGGAUAUAAGAAGACAAUAAAUCAAGAUAAUUUUAAAUUUUUUUGGUUAUUUUUAAUAAGUGCAGUUAUAUUGAUGAUUUUCUUUUUCUAUCAAUUUAUCAGAUUAAAAAUGUGA